AUGGACGACCUCAGCGGCCUGAGCUUUACCCCCAGCUCGUCCAACGAGCCCAAGAAACCGCCACCCAUGAGCUCCGGCACGCUAUUCCCCGACGUGCGGCGCAAUGACAACUCUGGCCGGACUACGCCUCUAUCCACCUCGUCGGGACGCUCGAACACUCCCUCCAAGCCGGCAACCCCGGCCGGCGACAGUUUCGCGAACCUCGUCUCGUUCGGAUCUUCCAAUCCCAACAAGAAUCUGUCCCUCGCCGAGCAACAGAAGCGACUGCAGGAGGAAAGGGCCAGGAAGGAAGCGGAGAAUAGAAGUCGACUUGAGACGCAGUAUGGUGCGCAGAAUAAUCAAUUCUGGGAUACUCUAGAGAAGGGUGGUAAGCCUGCCGCGCCUACUCCCUCUCAGCAGCCACAAUCUCCCGAUGAAGACGACAUUCUAGCUGCCUUCAACGCCACUGCGCCGGUGGACGCAUCGACGCAUUUCCCAAUUCCCAGUCACAGCCCGUCUCCUCAUGUUGGAACGACCCCGGUGCAGCAGCCUGUUUCCACUAAACCAGCUCCGGCACAAGAUCCCAUGGCCAUCUUUGACGAUGACGACCCGUUCGGUCUCGGUCAGAUGCCUUCUAAGCCGGCUCCAGUACCGCAGCCUGCGCAGGACGACGACGAUUUUCUUGGAGAACUAAGUAAACCCGUUACGGAAUUCUCGCGACCGGAACCGCCGCCCAAGCCUAAGGCCCCCGAGCCCGAGCCCGAGUUCGAGUCCCAGUUCCAGUCCCAGCCCCGGCCCCGAGCCCCACCCAAACCAUCAACUGGAGUAGACCGGGCGAUUGCAGAACUCGUGGAUAUGGGAUUUCCCGCGGAUAAAGCAAGCCAGGCAUUGAGCACGACGGCUUCGGGUACCGAUAUUCAAGCGGCCGUUGGCUGGCUUCUUACCCAGGCGCACGAGGAGUCUCGACAGAAGACUGGUCGGAGAUCAAGGCUUGAACCUCAUCCUAGUGAAUUGGAACGGAGCAGGGAAAGAGGUGCAAGGAGAGAUCCGUCGUGGAUGAGAGAGGAGAGACCUACUGUGACCAGAACCCGCAGUGACAACAGAUCACCUGCUUCUGCGGAGAAAGAUCCCGCCCAGGUUGCUGCUAGCUUUGGCAACAACUUUCUGAAAACCGCCAACUCUUUGUGGAAAACCGGGAGCAAACGCAUGCAGCAGGUAGUCCAGGAUCUGAAUGCGGACCAUGAUCCCAAUCAACCCCGAUGGAUGAAAGAAGCUGCUGGUUUUGAGGAGCCACUUCCGCAACCACGCCCUCGUGGCCGUCAGCAGCCCUCUGAGCCUCAAGGAAAUGUCCCAAGGAUGACUGACGAAGCCAUCCUCCUUGAAUCAGGGGGUGCUCCUUCUCGUCCGUCUCGCAAUGCCCCAUCUCGCAACCCCUUCCAGCAGCAUGAUGUACCGCGUCCGACUGCCAGCAGCAGUGAUCUCCGAAGCCAAGCUUCGUCCCGAGAAAGACGCGAGCCGCAGCCCUCUUUUCUUCGACAACAGACAAGAGAGGAGUCGAGAGAUUCAAGGUCCCGUAUCAACAAACUCGCAGUGGAAGAGCAGUCGGCACAAGCAUACGUCAGUCCUGCUAGGAGGAAACGGCCAGUCCCGUCACCUGCGCCUGAACCAGCUGUCGACCUAUUCGAUUCGCCCGCACCCACUAGUCGACCAACACCAAAGCCCUCUCCUUCUCCGGCUCCGCCCUCGCGGCCUUCUACUACGCCGUCUAUUGCUUCCCUGCCAACACGGCCCAGAGCACCCCCGCGGACGAUACCCCCUGUUUCCCAAGAAGCCCUUGCCUCGACUAAUCGGCACCGCACCAAAGCAGCAGACGCUUACAAACGAGGUGACUACGCAGCAGCCCAUGAGAGCUUCGCAACAGCCCUCACAAUGCUCCCCGACAAGCACCCAAUCACCAUAAUCAUCCGCAGCAACCACGCAAUGACAGCCCUGAAAGUCGGCGAACCCAAAUCCGCAAUCACUGACGCCGACGCAAUGCUCGACCUAAUCGGUCCAUCCAAAGGCGAAAACGAACAAAUCGACAUCGGCAACACCGAACCCCCCAAACCAAUGAAAGACUUCUUCGGAAAAGCCCUGAUGCGCAAGGCAGAAGCCCAAGAACAGCUCGAACGCUGGGCAGACGCCGCCAGUACAUGGAAACUAGCAGUGGAAACAGGCCACGGCGGUGGCCAGAGUAUCCAAGGCCGCAACCGCUGCGAGAAAGCUGCUGGAACCAGCAAACCGACCUCCAAACCCUCGACUCCCGCAAGAAGACCACCAGCGCCAACACCCAAAAAACCAUCCGCCCUGGCCGAUCUCACCGGCAGCGCCGCCGCAUCUCAAAACUCCGAAGCAGUCACCCGCCUCCGCGAAGCAAACCAAGCUGCCGAACGCGCGGACGACGAGAAAUUCGCUCUCACCGAAUCCGUCGACGCACGACUCGCCGCUUGGAAGGGCGGGAAACAGGAUAAUCUCCGCGCUCUGCUGGGUAGUCUGGAUACAGUCCUGUGGCCUGAGGCGGGGUGGAAGAAGGUUAAUAUGUCGGAGUUGAUUAUGCCGAAUAAGGUCAAGAUUAAUUAUAUGAAGGGGAUUGGGAAGGUGCAUCCUGAUAAGAUUCCUACAAAUGCUACUACUGAGCAGCGGAUGAUUUCAGCGAGUGUUUUUGCGACGUUGAAUGAGGCGUGGGAUAAGUUUAAGAGGGAGAAUAGUCUUUGA